UCGUCCAUUCUGUGCAUCAGUCGUUUCCCGAGUUAACCGAGGAUUCCAUUACUUUCACGAAAGGAAACACCAGCAAGAUGAGGUGCAUACUCGCAGUUGCAUUCGCUGUCAUCCUGAUCGCAGCUGAGGGCAAGGUCUUGCCGGCUAGUAAUGUUGAGAGCCAACAAACUGCCACUCAACCCUUGCAAUUGUCCGAUUACAUAACGGAGGCCCAAAAUGCGAUCAGUAAUGUCGGCACUCAGAUUCGGGAGAAACUUGCCGAGCUCAACUUGCCAGACAACGAGCAAUUCGUUAACACCGUUAAAGAGCAAAGCAAUACCUUCGCCAACAACAUACAACAAUUCAUGCAUAACAUAACCGAAGAGUUACGGAACGUGAAGAGCAAGACGCCUGAGCUGGAAAGUUUCGUGGAGAGUCUCAAAACUAAGAUGAAUGAGAUAGCCGAAAGUGUCACUGUUAAUCCGGAAACCACGGAACAAAUAAACCAGCUGCGUACGAGACUUCAGGAAGGUUUCCAGAAUCUGGUAACAGAGACUCAGAAUACCGCCAAGACCGUCGGCGAGAGUACUGGGAAACUGCAAGAAGAUAUCGCCAAGAUUACUAAAAAUGCGAUCGACAUCGCUGUACAGGCUUCUCAUAACUUGAACGAGCAGUUGCAGCACGCCGCGACACAGAAUGCGGGCGCAUAGAGUUAAGAUACGAUGAUGUUUUAUAAAUUAUUCGCGUGCGAAACACUCCGAACAUGUAUGCAUAGAGAGAACGGAAAUUCAGUCAGUCAGCGAACGUAAUCUCACAUCAUAUCAUAAUCAGGCCGAGCAGAUGAUGAGUAGUUUUCAAUAAAAGUAUUUGACCUUUAAUAAAAGUAUUUUAUUUC